AUGAACUCUGGUUUCCAUGCCAAUGGGAUAAACAACCAUAGCAAAGCCCAGCAUGGAGAGUUUGUGUGCGGAAGUGAGAGGCUGGAAGGAUUAGAGACGCCAUACCCAACAGCUGACUCCCAGACCUUUAAUCAGUGUAAAGGCAGGGCAUUUUUCCAGCUGGAACUCAGCGGAACUCAGUUCCGGUACCUUUCAGUGUCUCUUCCUUCUCCCUUCCUUGCAGUGGUUUGCAAAAAGAACUUGGACAGCACCACAGUAGCUGUGCAUGGAGAAGAAAUCUACUGCAAGUCAUGCUAUGGGAAGAAGUAUGGACCAAAAGGCUAUGGAUUUGGACAGGGAGCAGGGACUCUGAGCAUGGACAGGGGGGAAGGACUUGGGAUCAAACCUGAGCAGCCCCAGCCCCACCAGCCUACCAACAAUCCCAACGCAUCCAAGAUGGCGCAGAAGGUGGGUGGUGCUGACGGCUGUCCCCGCUGCGGACAGGCUGUGUAUGCUGCCGAGAAGGUGGUUGGAGCUGGAAAGUCAUGGCACAAAGCAUGUUUCAGAUGUGCAAAGUGUGGUAAAAGUUUAGAGUCCACUACUUUGGCUGAUAAAGACGGUGAAAUCUACUGCAAAGGCUGCUAUGCCAAGAACUUUGGUCCCAAGGGCUUUGGCUUUGGGCAGGGAGCUGGAGCACUUGUCCACUCCCAGUGAAGAGCUGGCCCAUGAGAGACUUUGAAGUCUCCUCUCCAGCACUGAAUGCUUUGCCAAUGCUGAACUCAUCCAGACUGACCCUCAAGGCAAUUUCACCAGUUCUUGCAAAUGUAUUAACAGUAACAGAAUCUGCUGCUUUCCAGUGUAUCACUGGCCCACCUCCUGUUUACUAGCCCAGCAGCCAACCAUAUAGUCCUGACCCAUAUGCCCUAGAAGACACUAAAGUUUCCAAUGAUCUGCAGUGGGCUCUAACCUACUAUGGCUCACAUUAAUACAGUGGCCUUCUUAAAUACAGUGUCACGCUUUCAGCCACAGCUGAAACUAUAUACAGCAGAGAGCAUAGCCAUUUCCGUAUAUAAAACACUGUGAUAGCUUCUUCAAAACACCUCUUCCUCCUACCCCAGCAAAGGUUAUUUUUGUGAGAACAUAUUAUAUAUUGUGAUAUUAAGUCUUAUUGAAAAGUCAAGUGCAAAAUAUGAAGCUGAUCAAAGAUGAUUGUGGACCACAAGGAUAAAGAGCUGAAAACUAAAACUACUUAGUUGUGUAUAAGUGAUACAGAGAAGGAAAGGGAAAGUGUGUAAACAUGCACAAAAGUGUAAAUAAAGCACUUUUCUAGAGUUUGGAGGAACUAUGCAGGCAAAUCCUAAACUCUUGUAACCUUGAACAUUUCAUUUUCAGAAAAAUUACUAAUUACUAAAAUUAAGGCGCUUUUUCAUAUUUGGGAGAAUUUAGAUCAUAUCAAAAUAAGGUUUCAGAGACUGAUACACAGGUGCUUUCCCCAGUGGCCCACCAUUCCUGUCACUCCUAGAAGGUGUACAAGUUUGGAGGUGUACAACCAAAGUUUCAAUAUUUGUUACGGCGACUGGGACCACUGAGAAGUAGAGGGUCUAGAAGUCCAAUUUGCUACUGCUUCAGGUUAUCAUCAGUCCUUUCUGUGUCACUUCCCCCUUGAACAAAGGAAGUGCUUAAUGGGUCAGCUUCACUUCUUUGCCUUGAGGGUAGCCCCUGUUUGUUCUUGUCUCUGCUUAGGGAGGUUCCCUGGGCAGGAGAGGACCUGCCUAUUGCAUUGUCAUGGAACUACAGGCACCUGAGUAUCCUGUCCAAACAAGCACUAAAAACAGGAGCUGUCAGAUUCAAUUCACUUCCUGCAAAGCUCUUAAUGUAAUAGAAGAUUGAAGCCAGUGAUUAACUGGACCUGUAGUGUAUCAUUUUAUAGGGUUUAAGAAGAGAUUAAGGAAGAUUCCAAACCACAGAAGCUGUAGCUCUUAUAAGCAUCUAUAUAUGGGGUCUAAUGUUUGCAGUCUUACUUCUUCCUUUUAUGAAGCUCAGGGGAAGUCUUGCUUUCAAGGUAUAAGCCUUCAAAGGGUUUGGAGCUUUUUAACAGAUAAUCUAGGUCACGUGUCCCCCAAUUUAUUUAGCACAAUAUGGGUCCAUAUUAGUUUUCAGUGUGAUCUAAAUGCACAGUUCAUAUCCUUUCCUUUAGGAUGCAGCCUGAAUAAUGUUUUAAUCUCUCCGCUUUAGGGGAUUUGCAUGAAAUUAGAUUACAUUUCUGUGGGUCCAUGCACAUUUGUUACAAACUUGCCAGAAAACCUGUAGUAAUAAUUUUUACAAUGUUCUGUUACAUACUAGAGCAAAUAAAAUUCCAUGUAUUCAAUAAAGCGGUUAAAAGGA